AUGAUCGUGAACAACACCAUCCCACAAUGGAUUGACACAUGGAUAAGCAGGGGUGAAUUCGAUCCAUCGUCUUUUUUCUAUCCUGGGGAGAAGACCAGUUCGUUGCUCGCUAGGGAAAAGCGCACGCGAUUUGAUCAAAUCAAAUUUGAUAUAGUGUACACAUGGGUAAACGGUAGCGAUGAACGGCACCAAAAAUUACGCGAAAUUUAUGCGCCCAACAAAGUAAAGAGUUCUGCGAACUCAGAAAACCGCUAUCGGGAUUAUGAUGAAUUAAGAUAUUCUAUAAGAUCGGUGGAGGAAUUUUUUGGGUCAUUUAUAAACAAGAUAUUUAUUAUUGCGACCGAUUUUAAGAACACAAAAAUCGCGGAGAAAGACAAGGAGUCACCUUCUGAAGUAAUGCAAGUUCCAACGUGGCUGAAUACGUCUUGGAGGGAUUGUGAGACGGGAGAACCACGCGUACAAAUGGUGAGACAUAGUGAAAUAUUUACGGAUACUUCGGUGCUGCCUACAUUUAAUUCCUUGGCCAUAGAAAGUCAAAUGAUGAAUAUACAGAAUUUGUCGGAUCAGGUACUUUACUUAAAUGAUGACCAAUUCCUCGGGAAAAGUCUCUCGCCUGUUGAUUUCUGGACUCCAUUAUAUGGUCAAGUAUUUCACGUCGAACACCAUCUCACCGUUCCACUCGAAUAUUACAGAUCAAUAGAUGAAGCGGGAGAGUGGUAUGCUUUGUAUCACUCGAACAAAUUGCUGAGCAAAAGAUUUGGCUCCCGUCAUCGCCCAUACGUCUCUCACUCUACUCACACUCUUUCCGCAACCAUCUUACGUUCCAUGGUUACCGAAUUUCCCGAUGAAUUCCUUUCCACCUCAUCUCACCGAUUCCGAAAUAUCGCCCCCGACUUACACACCACUUUUCUCUUCACUCAUUACGUAAUGGAGAAACACCGCGAAGCUUUACUCCGCAGCUUCCUAGUUUACAAGAUGGAUGUUAAUCACAACAUGAAAUACGAACUUUCGGAACGAAGGGCAAUAUUGAAAGUAUUUGGUAACGAUGGAUAUACCUUAGGAAUUUCCAGAAAGACUCUUGAAAACUACGAGGCUAUUUUAGAAAAAACUGGUGUCGGUGAAACUAGAGAAACGAAAUACACGUGGUCGAGCAUGGAUGGAUAUGCAUAUUCUGUCUUAUCGCCCUUACAUAUAAAUUAUGGCAAUGGUGGAAAGAAAAAACCGCCCUAUUUCUUUAAUCCGGAGACACACCCGCCUGAGGUCAGGAGUUGUAAACUGGAGUUGGAAUAUUGUUUUGGAAGUACGUUUUUGAGUGAGAACGAAAACGUUACAGUAGAUGUGGAAAGUAUAUUUACGGAAGUGGCAGUGAGGAAAGUUGAGUGUGGUGAUUGCAUUAUACAACAUUUGAUUUAUAAAAGUGGUGGGAAGGGAUUAGAAGCUUUCUUGCCAUCGGGGGAGAAAAAUAUGACAAGGGACGAAGGAAAUAGUGAAGGCGAUAGUGAAGACAAGAAUAAUGUAAUGGAUUUCGACAGAAUGUCCUACCGUACCCGUGCCAUAACAGAAAUUUUUCGCUAUUCUUACGUGAUAGGUGGGUCUUCAUACCGAUUUAUUUACAUGGAUUACCCCUUGAAGACUUGGGAUAAUCUCAAAAGCCUUUCGGAGCAAAAACCUUCAAUAUUUUGUAUAAAUGACGAUGUAAAUUUAAAUAAUUAUGAUAUGGGAAAAAUCCGUGAAUAUUUGAGCCAGUUUUUGCGAGGAUACUUCUCAAAUGCCACUGAGUAUGAAAUUAAGGAUGGAUCUAAUGGAUUUUGGGAAAGAGUUAAGAGGCUUCUAACCGUGUGA